UAAGUUUUCCCUCCCAUUGCAGGUUCAUCGGUCUUGAUUCUCAGAGCCAAACAGGAGGCGGGGAAAGAGUGAGGGAAAGUGAGAGAAACAGCGAGAAAAUUGAUAAUUAGAACUUAGUAGUAGAGGAAGAAGCCAUAGGAAAGAAAGCGAGGGAAGGCAGACAGAUUAAACAGAGAUAAGAGGAGGAAAUGAAGCACAUUUUCAAGAAGCUACACAUAGGGAGUAACCACGAGCCACAUCGGUCAAACGAGACCCCUUCGUCGCCACCUUACACCUCCGAUCACCGUACUGCUCCCGCCAACCUUCCGGCUAGCCCUCCUUCAACAUCUUCGUCACCGGCGUCCACCGUUACUGGCGCUACAAUUUCUUCCCCAGCGAAUAAUUCUAAUAGUCGUACGGACUACUUCUCAUCAGAGGAGGAGUUCCAGGUGCAGCUAGCGUUGGCGAUCAGCGCAUCUAAUUCAGAGUUUAGGGAUGAUCCCGAGAAGGAUCAGAUCCGAGCGGCAACGCUGCUGAGUUUGGGAGGGAAUAAUCAUCAUAAUCAUCAUCGGAUCGAUGUAGGAAGGGAAAAGGGGGAAGCUGCCGCGGAGGCCUUGUCAAGGCAGUAUUGGGAAUAUAAUGUGCUUGAUUAUGAGGAGAAAGUAAUGGAUGGUUUUUAUGAUGUUCUCUCCAUAAGUCCGGCUGUCCGAGGAAAAAUGCCAUCUCUUACGGAUCUAGAAACAAACCCUGCGAGUUCUGGUUUUGAAGCAGUAAUAGUCAACCAAGUGAUUGAUCCUGCAUUGGAAGAGUUGGUGCAAGUUGCCCAAUGUAUUGCUUUAGAUUGCCCUGCUACAGAUGUUGGUAUUUUGGUACAGCGGCUAGCUGAACUUGUUACAGGACAUAUGGGUGGGCCUGUAAAGGAUGCUAACAUAAUGUUGGCAAGGUGGAUGGAAAGAAGCACAGAGUUGAGGACAUCCCUUCACACAAGCGUGUUGCCUAUUGGCUCCAUAAAUAUUGGUUUGUCUCGGCAUCGAGCUUUACUUUUUAAGGUAUUGGCAGACAAUACAAGGUUACCUUGUCGACUGGUGAAGGGUAGUCACUACACUGGCAUUGAGGACGACGCUAUCAACAUAAUAAAGUUGGAAGAUGAAAGGGAGUUUUUGGUUGAUCUAAUGGCAGAUCCAGGGACACUUAUUCCAGCUGAUGUUCUUAGUGUGAAGGACACUACCUUUAAAUCAUAUAACCCAAACAUUAGUAAAAUCCCUGGUAUUCAUUCUUCUAAUGCACCUGCAAUUGUUUCUGCUGGAUCAAAGCCAUCAUUGGGUGAAGGCAGUAGUCAGAACUCUUCAGUGGAUGGUAGUUUGCCUCUGGAUAGAAGGUUGACUGCUGAAAGUAUGGAGUCCUUAGCUUCAUUCUCUGGUGCUAAUAGUGAUGUUGGUGUUGGUUCUUCUGGUGUAUCUAGUAGAGCAUCUACUACUCAACAUGAUAAUAUUUCCUCCUCAGUUAUUGGGUCUUCUCUGUAUAAGGGUAGUCGUGGAGCCCAUGGAAUUGGUGAUGCUGUGAGGGUGAAUGUUAAUGUUGUCCCAUAUAAUCAAAAUGGCUCAGAGGAUUCAAAAUUCCUUUUUUCAGAUCUUAAUCCAUUCCAGAUCAAAGGAACUGGGAAAAGUUUCAUACACAACAAACCUGCUGAGAACAAAGUUGAGGACUUUCAAGGGCAGAAAAAUAAUCCCUUUCCUGGUCGCCCCCCUGUACCAUUGAUGUGGAAGAAUCGACAUGCAUACAAUGAAGUCCCAAGGAAAAAAGAAUAUGAUUAUAUGGAGGGUCUCUUUCCAAGAAUUAAUCGUGAACCAAAUAAUUAUAAUCAGUCAUCAUUAGCUUCUACCAGUUCUACCAUGUCUGAUAAGGUUUAUUCUCAAGGCCUCAAGUCAUCUGGUAAUUUGAAUACGGCCAGUAGAGAUGGCAAUGAUACAAAUGCUUCAAGUGGUACAUCUUCAGCUUUGGCACCUGGCAUGAAUCAAUGCUAUAACUCAUCUUUGGUUGAGGAAGUAAACUCCAGUUUUAAAGAAGAAAAUUCUAGGGAUGCAAAGAAUUUCGCAAAAGAUGCAGAACGCAUGGUUAAAGAUGAUGAAAAUAGUGAAAUUUGUUCCCAUGAUAGGAGAAAGUCCUCGCAUGACAGAUUUUUGGGGACCAACCUGAAACUAAAGGAACCAGAAAGUCCUAGCUCAUCAAUUGAUUCCAGCACGAAUAGGGUUGAUCAAAUAUUUGACGAUGUAGAUGUCGGUGAAUGUGAGAUUCCUUGGGAAGAUCUGGUUAUUGGUGAGAGGAUUGGACUAGGUUCAUAUGGAGAGGUUUAUCAUGCUGAUUGGAAUGGCACGGAGGUUGCUGUGAAGAAAUUCUUAGACCAGGAUUUCUCAGGUGCUGCUUUAGCUGAGUUCAAAAGAGAAGUGCGAAUAAUGAGGAGAUUGCGCCAUCCAAAUGUUGUCCUUUUUAUGGGUGCUGUUACGCGACCUCCAAACCUCUCCAUCAUUACAGAGUUUCUUCCAAGAGGAAGUUUAUACCGCAUUCUUCAUCGUCCUCAUUGUCAAAUUGAUGAGAAGCGUAGAAUAAAGAUGGCUCUUGAUGUGGCAAGGGGUAUGAAUUGUUUGCAUGCCAGUAUACCGACAAUUGUUCACCGGGAUUUGAAGUCACCAAAUCUUUUGGUUGAUAAAAACUGGAAUGUCAAGGUUUGUGAUUUUGGGUUGUCACGCUUGAAGCAUAACACCUUUUUGUCAUCCAAAUCAACUGCAGGAACACCUGAGUGGAUGGCGCCUGAAGUUCUCCGUAACGAACCCUCAAAUGAGAAGUGCGAUGUAUAUAGUUUUGGAGUCAUUCUUUGGGAGCUUGCGACACUAAGAUUGCCAUGGAGUGGGAUGAAUCCAAUGCAAGUGGUUGGAGCAGUUGGUUUCCAAAAUCGUCGCCUUGAAAUCCCCAAGGAUGUUGAUCCACUAGUUGCAAGGAUAAUUAUAGAAUGUUGGCAGACGGAGCCAAACUUGCGUCCUUCUUUUGCACAACUUGCAGUAGCCCUCAAGCCCUUGCAGCGGCUUGUCAUCCCAUCACAUCUGGACCAACCUAGCUCUCCUCUGCAGCAAGAGAUCUCCGUAAAUUCUACUCCUUGAAGUGUCUCAACUACUCAAUUGUGAAUAAGGGACAUGUCUUGUUUAUUUUGGCUUUGGUGUGAGGGGAGCAUAGGAAGUUUAGGAAACGGAAAACAAGGAAAAGAUAAUAGAAGAAAAAUUUCUAGGCACUGGUUUGUGCAAGUAAUGGAUGUAUACUGCUGCCUCCCAAAAAAUGUAGCAGCACUUUUUUGUACAGCUUGGUGUCGGGGACACGUGUGUGAAACUUUGUAACAUAUGCAUUAAAGAGAAAAUUGUCAUAAAGAUGGUGUGCGUUUUCUUUUC